UCGUCCAGCAUGCCCCGCCCACCCCACGCCCAGGCGCACUGACCAUGAGCCUCAACUCCUCCCUGGGCCACUGGAAGGAGCUGAGCAACCUCACCGCGGAGGUAGGUGGCGAAGGGGGCGUCCUCGUCCCCGAGUUCAUCGCCAUCGUCAUCAUCACCAUCUUUGUCUGCCUGGGCAACCUGGUCAUCGUGGUCACCUUGUACAAGAAGUCCUACCUCCUCACCCUCAGCAACAAGUUCGUCUUCAGCCUGACCCUGUCUAACUUCCUGCUGUCCGUGCUGGUGCUGCCGUUCGUGGUGACGAGUGCCAUUCGGCGGGAAUGGAUCUUCGGGGUGGUCUGGUGCCACUUCUCCGCCCUCCUCUACCUGCUGAUCAGCUCGGCCAGCAUGCUGACCCUCGGGGUCAUUGCCGUCGACCGCUACUAUGCCGUCCUGUACCCCAUGGUGUACCCCACGAAGAUCACGGGGAACCGGGCCGUGAUGGCGCUCGUCUACAUCUGGCUGCACUCCCUGGUGGGCUGCCUGCCGCCGCUGUUCGGGUGGUCGUCCGUGGAGUUUGACGAGUUCAAGUGGAUGUGCGUGGCCGCGUGGCACCGGGAGCCCAGCUACACCGCCUUCUGGCAGACCUGGUGCGCCCUCUUCCCGUUCCUGGCCAUGCUGGUGUGCUACGGCUUCAUCUUCCGCGUGGCCAGGGUCAAGGCCCGCAAGGUGCACUGCGGGGCCGUGGUCAUCGCGGAGGAGGACGCGGGCCGGGGCGGCCGGAAGGACUCCAGCACGUCCACGUCCUCCUCGGGCAGCCGGCGCAGCGCCCCCCAGGGCGCCGUGUACUCGGCCAACCAGUGCAAGGCCCUCAUCACCAUCCUGGUGGUGGUCGGCGCCUUCGUGGUCACCUGGGGCCCCUACAUGGUUGUCAUCACGUCUGAGGCCCUCUGGGGGAAGAACUGCGUCUCCCCGCGCCUGGAGACCUGGGCCACGUGGCUGUCCUUCACCAGCGCCAUCUGCCACCCCCUGAUCUACGGGCUCUGGAACAAGACGGUCCGCAAGGAGCUGCUGGGCGUGUGCUUCGGGGACCGCUAUUACCGGGGACCGUUCGGGCAGCGGCCGAGGACUUCCCGGCUCUUCAGCAUUUCCAACAGGAUCACAGACCUGGGCCUGUCCCCGCACCUCACGGCGCUCAUGGCAGGCGGACAGCCCCUGGGGAACAGCAGCAGCACAGGGGACACCGGCUUCAGCUGCUCUCAGGACUCAGGUCCCUUCUCUCUGACACACGGGGUCGUUGUGAGAUUGAAAUUAAGAGGAAGCCUUUGGAAAGUGAAACGCUGAGUGACAGCGGUGUGACUAUGAUGACACCGGCCUGUGGCCCUGGAGCCCGGCAGGCAGCCUCGUGUCUGGUCUGGCGUUGAAUGAGCUGCGUGGUCCUAGGCUUCCCAGUUUGUGAACUGGAGGUGGCGAUCAAGGGUGGCUUCGACGAGGCCAGGUGCCCCUGUCACCGUCACUACCCCUGUCACCGUCACUACGUGCCCGCGCCCUUGUCUCCUGGAAAAGACACAUCUCCAAGUGCUCACGGAGGAUCGUGCAGACCCAGAGCUCUGUGAGGUCAAGGUCUCUCCUGGCCGCCCGUGGGGAGCCGAGUGCCACUCCUGUGCCCGCCAAGCGCGUUACUGGGCUCUCACAAGGCCCUGGAGGUGGGGGGCAGAGGCCGGCAGUGCCCUGUUAGUCAUCCGCGGCCCCGCGUUGCUGGAGAAGCACCGCCCGUCACCCAGCCCGGUGCGAACUCGGGGGCUCGGAGCAGCAGGCUGGGCGGCGGGCAUGUCGCCCUCUGCUCCUCCGUCACCGCUGCCAGCGACUUCAGAAAAAUCAUCUUGGCCUUGACCUGUGUUUCCUCACCUAAGCCCACGACAUGGAACUCUGGGCACGGGCCAGGGCACAGGCCAGGGCAGGCACCGAGACAGGCCUUCUGUCGCAGGAUAUUCCGUGGGGGCAGAAUAUUUCCCUGAGAUUGUUCCCUCACCGGGCAACCAUCCCCUGCAGCCCCGAGUCCCUUGUGAUUUGCAGGAAGGGAAGGUCUCUGUCACUUAGGCUGUCCCUCCAUUCUCAGACAACCAGCAGGGAUUCAGGGACUGUGACGCUCAUUCAGUCAGUCAACAAAUCUUUAUUUGCCAGGCCCUGCUUUGGCCAGAUGCUGGACUAGGUGCUAGAGAUACAGUGGCGACCUGCCCUCCUGGAGCUCUCGGUGUGGUGGGGAGUCCAUGCACUGUAAGCAGUGAGUCGAGUGGCAUGUAAACAGCCCCUCCAUAAUUCUGCGGUUAAAAAAAGCUUGAGAGGCUUCAGUCAAGACGGCAGAGUAGGUAAACAUGCUCGCCUCCCCCCAUGACCACACCAGAAUGACAACUAAAUUCCAGAACAGCCGUCACUGAGAACCCAGAAGUCCAGCUGCACGGAAAUCCUGUGACUAAGGAUGUAAAGAAGCCACAUGGAGAUGGUAGGAGGGGCGGAGACACAGAACAGGCAGGGCCCACACCCACGCGUGGCGGUUUAGAAUAGGGAGGGACAUCUCGGCUGCGGAGGUCCCCCCCCCGAGGAGUGUGUCCCAUCUCCACACCAGGCUCCUCAGCCCGGGGCAUCAGUGCUGGGAAGAGAAGUCCCCAUAACUCCUUGCUGUAGAAGUCAGCAGGGAUUUUGUCCUGGUGAGACGGGGAGCCUGCGGACCUAGGUGUCCUCUUAAAGUGCCUGCACAUGGACUUGCUCACAAACACCCUAAGCUCCAGCACUGGAGACACACAGGGAGGAACCAACUUGUCUGGCUUCAGGGCGAGGGCUGGAGUGGCAGCUCCCUCUGGGACAAAAGUGCUUGCAGGUGCCAGUGCUACUUUUGUUGAGGGAGUGCAUCACUGCCAAACCAGCAGUACAAGAAAUGUUAAAGGCACCUCUAGAAGAAGAAGAGGAGGAAGAAGAAAAAAGAUAAAAAAUAUAAAUACUAAAAUGACAAUAACUGCAUCACCUAUCGGCACUUACUUUAGAUGUAAACGGAUUAAAUGCUCCAAUCCAAGGACACAAGAUGGUUGCACCAUGUAUGAGAAUAAAUUCGAAAUGGAUUAAAGACUUAAAUGAAAGACCUAAAACCAUAAAACUCUUAGAAGAAAACACAGUAAACUCUUGGACAUUGCUCUUAGUAAUGUAUUUUUUGGAUAUGUCCCCUCAGGCAAGGAUAAGAAAAUAAAAAAUAAAUGAGAUUAUAUAAAACUAAAGGGUUUUCGCACAACAAAGGAGACCAUCAACAAAAUGAAAAGGCAACGUAUUGAAUGGGAGAAGGAGUUUAUAUACAAAAUGUAUAAAGAACUCAUAUAACAUAACAACCAGAAAACCCCAACAAUCCAGUUAAAAAAUGGGCAGAGGACCCGAAUAGGCAUUUCUCCAAAGAGGACACACACAUGGCCAAUAGACACAUGAAAAGAUGCUCAACAUCACUAGUCAUCAGAGAAAUGCAAAUUAAAACCACAACGAGGUAUCGCCUCACACCUGUCAGAAUGGCUGCCCUCGAUAAAUCAACGCCCAAGUGCCAGCGAGGACGCGGAGAAAAGGGAGCCUCGCGCCCUGCUGGUGGGACUGCGAGUGGGUGCAGCACCUAUGGGAGACAGUCCGGAGGUUCCUCAAAACGCUAAAACCAAAACUACCACAUAGCUCAGCAGUUCCACUUCUGGAUAUUUACCCAAAGGAACCCCAAACACCGAUUCAAAUAGAUGUGUGCUCCCUAUGUUCCCUGCAGCAGUUUUUACAAUAGCCAAGAUUCGGAAGCAGCCUGAGUGUCCACAGACAGAUAUGUGGAGACGUGGCACAUAGACACGAUGGAAUAUUGGCCGUGAAAAAGAAUGAAAUCUCACCAUUUGCAACAACACGAAUGGACCUAGAGGGUGUUAUGCUAAGCGAAAUAAGUCGGACAAAGACAGAUACCACAUGACCUCACUUGUGUGCAGAAUCUGAAACAAAAUAAAUGAACGAACCAGAAA